ACCGGGGCCGGGCCGGCUCCGUUACAGCGCCGGGCCCCCGCGGCCGUGCCGGCGGGGACUUACCGAGGAGAAGCAGCCGGUGGCCAGUCUCCCUCCGAGUCUAGGAGUCAAAAAUGGGCCGGAAAAAAAUACAGAUCAGCCGAAUACUGGACCAGCGGAACCGGCAGGUGACCUUCACCAAGCGUAAAUUCGGGCUGAUGAAGAAGGCGUACGAGCUGAGCGUGCUGUGCGACUGCGAGAUCGCCCUCAUCAUCUUCAACAGCACCAACCGCCUCUUCCAGUACGCCAGCACCGACAUGGACAAGGUGCUGCUCAAGUACACGGAGUACAGCGAGCCCCACGAGAGCCGCACCAACUCCGACAUCCUCGAGACGCUGAAGCGCAAGGGGCUGGGGCUGGACAGCCACGAGCUGGAGCUGGACGAGGGGCUGGACGCCGGCGAGAAGAUGCGGAAGCUGAACGAGGGCAUGGACCUGACGGUGGCACGGCCCCGCUUUUACAGCCCGGUGCCGCUGCCUGAGGCAUCCUACGGCAGCUCCCCGCCAGCCAGCGGUGAUGGAGCCCUGAGCAGCACCAGCAGCUCCCCGCAGAGCCAGGGCCGCCCGCCCGCCUUCAAACCAUCAGCACCGAAGCUCUCGGGGCGCUCUCCAGGACCGAUGCCCCCAGGUAUCGGCUAUCCCCUCUUCCCCCCCGGCAGCCUGAACCGAGCCCUGGCCACCAAGACGCCGCCGCCGCUGUACCUGGGAGCCGACGGCCGGCGCGGCGAAGCCCACGGCAGCCUGGCCAGCGGCAGGAGCGGCGGCAGCGCGGCGAGGCCGCUGUACCCCGGUCUGCAGACCCUGAGCCCCGUGCUUGCACCGGGCAGCGCCGGCAUCCCCAACCACAGCCUCUCCGGCUUCCCCUUCCUCGCCCCGGCACAAGCGGAGUAUGGGGCUGGCGAGGCCCCGCCGCCCCCCGGCUUCCUGCAGCCUGGCCCCCCGGCUUCGUGGCAGCCCCCGCGGGACAUGGCAGCGCUGGGGGCCAGCGCCAGGAUCGUCCCCGCCGAGGAUGCGGCCCCCGGCAGCUCCCCGCAGCACCACGCCAUCAGCAUCAAGUCGGAGCGGGUCUCGCCGGGGCUCGGCUGCCCCUCGGGCACCCCGCAGCCCCCCCCGGGCAGCCUGGCCUCCCUGAGCGAAGCCUCCCGAGGCUCCGGAGACCUCCAGCCGCGGGACGACUACACCAAGGGCUACCCCUACCCCCUGGGCCCCCCCCGGCCGCUGGCGGAGGAGCAGCGGGCCACCGUCCCCGUCCCCCCGCGGCGGGCACAGGCUGUGGAGGGGUGGCAGAGAUAG